AUGAAUGGAAAUUGGCCCCUUUUUUUUUGUUCUUAUCCCGAACCAAAUGCAAAACGCGUAUGUACUAUUAUUAGAGAAAAGAAUCUGCAAUCAACAAUGGCUACUUUGACAAUUCCACCGGUGUUAUCUUCUCCUCGUGAUGACGCUAUGCACUUAUACAAAGCUUUUAAGGGAUUUGGUUGCGACAGUGCUGCAGUCAUCAACAUUCUCGCUCAUCGUGAUUCAUCACAGCGUGCUCUCAUUGAAAAUGAAUAUAAACUUAUGUACUCCGAAACCCUAACCAAACGACUCUCUUCAGAGCUUAGUGGCGAUCUCAAGAAAGCUGUCUUACUUUGGAUGCCAGAUCCAGCAAGAAGAGAUGCAAUGAUACUGCGAGAUGCUUUAACUACCGACAUUGAUCUGAAAGCAGCUACUGAAGUUAUAUGUUCUCGAACUCCAUCUCAGUUGCAGCAUCUUAAGCAACUUUAUCAUGCACUUCAUGGUGGUUACCUUGAACAUGAUCUUCAAGCUCAAACUUCUGGCGACCAUGGAGAGUUGCUUCUAGCGUAUUUAAGCACACCACGUAGUGAAGGUGUAGAAGUUGAUAGAAGAAUGGUGGAUCUUGAUGCUAAAUCUCUGUUUAAAGCUGGUGAAAAACGAUUAGGAACUGAUGAAAAAACAUUCAGAAUGAUUUUCAGUGGAAGAAGUAGAGCACAUCUUGCUGCUGUUAGUUCUGCAUAUCAUAGUACAUACGGAAGUACCCUCAAGAAGGCUGUAAAAGGUGAAACAUCGGGUUACUUCGAGGAUGCCCUUGUUACAAUUUUGCAAUGUGCUGAGAAUCCUGGGAAGUAUUUUGCCAAGGUACUUCAUAGGGCAAUGAAGGGGUUAGGGACAAAUGAUAAAACCCUAAUAAGAGUAAUUGUGACAAGGACUGAAAUCGACAUGCAAUAUAUAAAAGCGGAGUAUCAUAAAAAUCAUCAUAAGACUUUAAAUGAUGCUGUUCACUCUGAGACUUCGGGUCAUUAUCGGACCUUUCUUCUUUCACUUUUGGGCCCAAAUCAUCGGUAGGGAGCCCAUUUGUUGAACUAUGUUUUAUAAGUGUUUUUGGAUUUGAAUUUGUUGUGUGAUAAUUAGUAGUGUGUUUAGUGGUAGUUAUAGGGGUGUCAUAAAGAUGUUGUACAAAAUGAUCAAGUGGUUAAGUCCGAUGUUAAAUCUUUGUUGUUGUUUUUUUACAUAACAUGGUUAUGAUUUGGAGCUCCUAAGGGGGUAUUUGACAAUCUCUAAAUGAUUUAGAGGUUCUGAAUAAAUAUGUUUUGAAUGAAAACUUGUGUUUGGAUCGUUGGAUGUAUGUGGUUUAAUAUUUUCUACUAAGUGGUCCCAUUUGACAAAAUAUCU